CGAGAAACAAGCCGGGAGUUCAUUGCUUCAUUAUAUGACGCAGCAUAUAGUCCCGAUAAAACUUCCUACCAAGCCAUGUGUGAAAACGCGGUCGAGUCACGAUAAGCGAACGUGCUUUAACGUGUACUUCGAUUCUAGUUGAUUGCUGCUGGCGACUCAUUAAUCUUUUUUUUCUCAUUGAGUGUAUAACGUUCUCCUUCUUGUUGUUGUAUGACAUUCGAGGUAAGAGCUCCAUAGAGAAUAUUAAUCGAUACCAGUCGGUACUAGGCGUCGCGAUCCAACAGUUCAAGAUCACAACCGGAUUGAGUGUGAAUGCGUGAAUACGUGGAUAAAACAUUCGUCUUAAAUCAAAGUGGAAUUUUUGAAUCUGCUGAAAAGGAACAUUAUCAUGAGAUACGUCGCGGCACUCGAUGUUGGCACCACUACGGUGCGUUUUCACAUCCUGAAUGAGAAGGCGAUCACGGUAGCUUCUUCGACGGAAAAGAUAAAUCUGAUCUAUCCAGAGCCUGGCUUCGUGGAGAUAGAUCCCGAUCAACUAUGGGGAAUUAUAAUAAAAGUAAUCAAGGAUACGUUAGACCAUGGCGGGAUCGACCCGAAGGAUAUUGCUUGCGUUGGAAUUUCAUCGCAACGCGCUAGUUUUAUUACUUGGAACAUAAAAAGUGGAAAAUACUAUCACAAGUUUAUAACAUGGAAGGAUCAACGUGCAGCCACCUUAGUCGAGGAAUGGAACCGAUCAAUAACGAUGAAAGGUUUAAGAAUGGGCGCGAGUAUCUUGUACACAUUUACAAGAAAAAAACGAUUUCUGGCUGGCAGCGUGCUGAAAUUUAUGAACAUGCAGGUUACUUUAAAAUUAGUGUGGGCUCUCCAGAAUAUACCGAAUCUCCGAGAAGCUGCGUACAAUGAAGAGGUGGCGUUCGGAGGUGUGGAUUGCUGGCUCUUAUAUAAAUUAACAGGAAGGCAUAUAAUGGAUGUUUCAAGUGCUUCAGCUACUGGCAUUUUCGACCCAUUUACAAUGGAAUGGGCCGACUGGGCGUUAAACCUUUUAAAACUGCCACGAAGUAUUUUUCCAGAAGUGGUUGAUACAGCAGGAAAUUUCGGAGUUACGCCCGAAAACAUAUUCGGAGUUGAAAUUCCAAUUUGUUGCUCCAUGGCCGACCAAGCAGCAUCUUUAUUUGGUUCAGGAUGUUUUAAGCCCGGCGAUCUCAAGAUUACUAUGGGAACUGGCACUUUCGUGAAUGUUAACACAGGACAACAACCUCACGCAUCCGUUGCUGGACUUUAUCCAGUCGUCGGAUGGCGAAUCGGCAAAGAAUUAAUAUAUAUUGCAGAAGGAUCUUCAAGCGACACUGGUAUAUUAAUAGAAUGGACUAAAUCAAUAGGACUUAUAGACAAUAUUUCGGAAACAUCCGAUGCAGCAAACUCAGUCAAUGACACCGAUGGAGUAUAUUUCGUUCCGGCAUUCAGCGGAUUGCAAGCACCUAUAAAUGAUUAUACAGCCGCAACUGGUUUCUUUGGAUUGAAGCCCACCACAAGGAAAGAGCAUAUUAUUCGAUCUUUACUGGAAAGUCUUGUUUUUAGGAUACAGCUACUUCACGAAUGUUUAUGCAAGGAAACUUCUUUCACGUAUCAAAGAAUAAAGAUUGACGGUGGAGUUUCCAAAAAUGAUUUUGUUAUGCAAUCGUUAGCUGAUUCGACGGGGUUGGAAGUAGAACGUCCGGUGUCUGUCGAGAUGUCCAUCUUAGGUGUAGCUUUCUUGGCUGGUUUACAAUGUGGAUUAUGGAAGAAUAGAGAAGAAUUGUUAGAACUUCGUCAAACCGACAGGAUAUUCAAGCCAAACGAAGAAUCGCGAUUAUCUUAUCAAUAUGCGCUGACCCAAUGGAAACGCGUUGUGGAGCGUUUUAAAAAUUGGUACUAAUAAUUACUUCACAAUAAGAACAUUUUUUUGAUAAUUACAUGUGCUCAAUGUGGGCCUUAAUCUCCCUGAAGUUCUCGUAACUGUACGUUACGAAACAAGUUUCUGGGAGUAGCUGUUAAUUGUCAGCUCAACUUUCACUGCCCAAUUCCCAACCUGAAGGACCGGUUUCCUCUUUAAAUAUAAAGUAAAGAGAUUCACAUGACAAGAUACCUUCAUCCGAGAGUGUCGCGAUCGAACAAAAACUGACGCUUAUUGGUCGGAUUUAUAAACUCAGACCUUUUCAGCUCAUUAAACCACAUUUCUCUGCGUCACGAUCGCCACACAUAUACAUUUGUAUCAUUCAAUUAGUUGAUCAGCUGAUCGGUCGAUUAGUGUUAGAGAUUAAAACAAUUAUAUAAAAGAACACAAUUAAUAGAAAACAGUUUUUUUUUACUGCAAAACGUGAAAAUUCCAUUAUUAAUAUUAUUUUUUCUGUAUCAUAUCAUAUCAUAUCGUACAGUUGUAUAGACUUUCAACGUAAUUCUCAAUUAAGAUAAAAGCCAUAAUCAUCCAGUUUCAGAUGAUAUCUACGAUAAUAUACAAACAUAUCGUGUUUAUUUGCGUAAUGCAAUUUCAUUAAAGUUCUCACUAUGUUUAAGCUAAAAGUACGUCCUCAGAUAAGAUCCCUUUCCUUUGUGAAACACAACAUGAUACUUAAUCAUUUAAAUUAAUUAAACAGAAAUACAUUAUACGAAUAUAUGUAUAACUUUUUUUUUAUACAAACAACGAUCAAUUAUAUUUUCUAGAUAAUAAAGUAAAGAAUACAAUCAAUCUUUUUGCACGUAGCCAAUUUAUAUUGCUUUUCGUUAUUAUGUUAUUCAACUUAUAUUUGUGCAGCGUGCACAUACAAUCAAUAGAAUUUUUAUGCGUACAGCUCAAAAAGUAAUAUUAAAGUUCUACAUUUGUACUUCACUUAAUUAAAAUCAAGGAUAAAACAUGUACAACAGAAAUAUCAUAGAUAUUAUCAGAAAUAAUAUUAUGAAAUGUCAAGACUGAGAUGAUCCUAGAGUCUAAUUAUUUUUACUGCUGGUUAAACAUGUUUUUCAGUAGCGGAAAAGUCAGGCAAGCUACAGUUAAUAAGUAAAGUGUUGUAAAAUAUACACUAGGGGCGUGAAACACGUGUAAUAAGUAAAAGUGUAUGACCUACGCAGACUGGCGGUGAUGUAUCCCUCUAGCACGCGAGAUCGUGCUUAUCAGCAAUAUUAGUUGCUCAUCAGCUGUAGGGUUCAAUAAAAAUAACACACGGGACUAUAUAGUAUCCCGUCCAGGUCACAAUUUAGUCCUUACAGACAAGUCAGACAAGUGUAACGCGUUCUCUUUCCACACUGUAUGAAAAUUCGGUCAGUCUCGCAAUUAAACAGCGACUGUCAGUGCCUAUUUCGGAUAA